AUGAUCGGUAUGUUGCGUAAAAUAUUUGAAAGUGCUGAUUUAGUGGGUUACAAGGGUGGAAAUAUCGAACGUGAUUUGUUGAAUAUGCUAGGUGUUUCGUGUAUUAAUAUGGAAAUUAUGGGGUGUCCAAAGUACGAACGCUUAUUGUUGAAAUAUGACGUCAAGUGUGAAGAUUGUGGGUAUCAUAUUGCAACAGGCAAAUAUCAUUGUAGUGGGCACAAAGUGAAGUUAUUUUCACAAUUUCUUGAUGCAAUAGGAGUUAUUGUGGGACACCAUUAAAUUUACAAGCACUGGGUGAAUUACUUGAAAAUAACUAUUUUGAUCCGGUGUUAUGGUCUUUAUAUUCAACAUGUAGAUAUUUUUAUAAUAAGAAACUGCAAGAUUUGGGUACGAGAGAAAUUCGUAUUCGAAAUUACAGUAGUGCGUAUAUUUAUGAAUUAAGUGAUGAAAGUGUCGUCGAAAGCAAAUCUUUGUUGUGGUUAAAGGGUGAUCUUGCGGGAAUACGCGAUUUGAUGAUCUACGAUAAAAACACACCAAAUUAUUGUUUGGUUGGACUAGAUUGUGAACAACCCAUAGAAGAUCAAAUUGAUGACCCCAGAUCCAAUAAAACAUUUUAUAUUAUUCCUGCGGAGUGGAUGCAUUAUAUCUAUGUACGAUUUGAAAACGAGUCUUGGGCUAUGUAUUUGGCUGCGAAAAAAUUUUGUUGUAGACAGAUUUUGGUGCGCGGGAGUGUAAUGAUUGCUCGAUGCGAGAAUAUUAGUAUCAAACCAGAGUAUGCUGUGGUGGAUAAACGCUGUUCCUUUUGA